CCUCAUGAAGGCUUGCCGAACGGCGAUACCUUGCCAAGCACCCGAAGUCUCCAAAACUGACCUGCUGAGAGUAGCGACCCGACGCGCGACCUGGAGCUGGAACGUAUGAACACAAUGCUCAAGGACAUGUCAUCCAAAAUGCACCGGGCCACCAGCUCCGCGCCCGAACUGGAGAAGGUAUUGGAGGAGACGCAACGAUCGCCCUUCACAACACGCAUCUCAGAAGUACGCGUCCACCAUGUCAAAAACAAGGUCAAGCUUAUUCCCUACAACGGUCUCACUGACCCGAAGCCUUUCCUGAAGUCUCUCAGUAUUGCGAUCAACCGCGCCCAGUUCUCCGCUGCGGAGCGUGACGCUGGUAGCUGCCAGUUACUCGUGGAGAACCUGACCGAUGACGCGCUAAACUGGUUCUCACGACUCGAGGCCAAUACGAUCGACAGCUACCACCAGCUCACUUCCGUUUUCUUGCAACAUCACUCAAUAUUUAUGGUCAAAGGUACUUCGAAUGCCGACUUAUGGACCAUGUCUCAAAAAGAUAAAGAACCGUUGAGGAAAUUCAUUGAGCGAUUCAAGAAAGUCGUUUCCAGCAUUGUCAUAACUGAUGAUGCCGCGAUCGCCACUCUACGUAAUGCGUGCUCGUACGAGUCCCGAUUCAGAGAAGAUCUCGUAAUUACUCAACCAGCAACAUUGGAGGAUGCUCUGCAUCGUGCUAAUCGAUUCAUCGAAGUCGAAGAAGAGAAGACCGCGAUGGCAAAACGACAACCCAAAGCAUCAAGUUCGAAAGAUAAGUCCCACGAUGAGCACUACGAACCUCGCCAACACUACGACAGGGAUUAUGCUAAAAUUGACAAAGCCAAGAAAGCAGCGACAUAUGUCGUUGGCGGGUCAGACUCGCAACCUUCGAAACCGUGGAACAAAUAUUAUCGUGAAACAGAUCCAAAACGCAAUCAAGCGUAUUGCGAGUUUCAUAAAGUCUCUGGUCAUUCGACCGACGAAUGUCGAUAACUCCAACUCUUACUUCUCUCGAAAUUCAAAAAGGGCGAUCUCGAUGUCGAAAAUGAACGACGCCAAGUGGCCGCUCACAAGGAUAAUCUAUACCACCCAGUUC